AUGUCUUCAAGUGCGGUGCAAGCGAAAAACAGUAAGCAGAACAAGCACAAAUGGUCGCUGAAUUUUGCCACAAAAAGCAGAUCAGACCGUUCAGAGUUAGCCUCGCCACCGGGCUUCAAUCCCAACAUUGGACACGGUCACAGUGAAAUCAGUCAGGAAGUGGACAGCAAUUUGAUUGUUAAAAAGUCAUGGGACAUCGCACUGGCCCCACUGAAGCAGAUUCCAAUGAAUCUUUUCAUCAUGUACAUGGCCGGCAAUUCCAUCUCUAUUUUCCCCAUUAUGAUGGUUGGAAUGCUUUUCCUAGGACCUAUCAAAGCGAUCUUCAACUUUAACAAUACUUUUAAGCUAAUUGAAGGAAACCAAGCCAUAAUGCAAAAGUUCAUCUACUUAUUGGGCAAUCUCGGGUGCAUUGCACUGGCCCUCUACAAGUGCAAAUCAAUGGGCCUGCUGCCGACUCACGCCUCAGAUUGGCUUGACUUUGUCGAGUCUCCCCAAAGGAUUGAGUACUCUGGCGGUGGUCUGGCGUACUGA